GCGAGAUAAAAACAGAAACAAAAAUGGCCGACAGUACAGAAAAUAAAACUGAGGGGGAAGAAACGUUUUUAAAUACAAAACCAGAAGAAAAUACUGAUGAAUUAUCGGAAAUUAAGAGAGAUUUAGAAGGAUGGAGAGAAGCUCUAAUACCACUAAAUAGUUUACUAGAAUGGGAAAAACCAUAUUAUCCAGCUAUCAUUGUUGGUACAACAACUUUUCUCUUUCUUUUGGUGUGGUACAUUCAACCAUCAGUUUUAACAACAUUGUCCCUUCUAGGAUUAUUAAUUAGUGCAAUAGAUUUGCUGAUCCCCAUGGUUGGACCAAAAUUGUUUGCAACUGAUAGUUGGACAGUGUUCCAUGAACAACAGUUUCAACAGAUCUGUGAGAGAAUUAUCAAUGCUAGAAACCAUUUUAUUGAUUUUAAGAAUACCAUGUGUCAACUGAAAGCUGAAAAGCCUAAAGUAUAUUUCUUUGUUGUAAUGGGUAUUUUAGUAAUUCAAGCCUGGAUAGGAAGUUUAGUAAACAAUCUUCUGCUCACCUAUCUACUAGUGAACUUGGUAUUUCUUCUUCCUGGAUUGAGACGUCAUGAUAUUGUUAAGAAGAACAUUGCUGUCGUUCGUGUCGUCUUGAGUCGACUGAUUUUCGGCAAAAAGAAGAAGAAUUGAACAUCUAAUUUGUUAUUAACCAAGUUUUUUCUUUUUUGUUUCAAACUUCUGGUUGAUAUACGAAUAGUUGAUCUCUUGGUGUUCAGGUGUGGCAAGUUUACGUCUCUAUUCUACUGCCUAAAAGCCAAAAAUGAGUUCUGACGCUCAUUCUUACAAAAAUCUUCAACACCAAGGCAGAAAAACCAAAGAAACUAUUUGUUGAUGACCAAGAAUUAAGUGGAAUGUUUUGAGUUUAGUUCGUAGUAAAAUCUGAUUUAUGUAUUAAGGGAAUCCAUACAUAAAACUAUCUAGUCUCAAGUAACUAGGCUAUUGUAACGUGUGUUCAUCAGUUAAUACUAAUCAUUGUUUUAAAUGAUAUUUAUUGUGAAAUUUUUCCUGUACUAAACAACAUGCAUAAAAAAGACUAAUGAAUAUUAGAUCUUUAUAUUUGUGUAGUCAUAAGAUUAUUGUCCCAGCAUUACUAACAUAUUGUUGAAUUAUUUUUAUCUUCUUGCGACUUUUUGUGAUAACCCUCCCAACUCUCUGUUCAUUGCUAUAGCUGCUUAAAGCUAUCAUAGACUUAAUCCUGUAAUAUAAUAGCUUGAUCAACAAAGUUAUUACUCUAUUUGCAUAGUGAGUUUUGUUAUAAACUUUUUUUGUAUGAAAAUGAUAAAAAUUAUGUUUUAGAAUUGAAUUGUUUCAAAAUUUGAUAAUUUGUACUAAAUUUGAUAUAUUUUGUUUUUACAUAAUUGACAAAAGGAGACUUUCUAUUGAUGGUCUGUGUGAAUUUCUCUAAAUGAUUUAGCCAUUAGGUUUUAUGAAAACUUAUUCCAAAUUUAGAUAAAUUAAUAUCCAGUUCAUUAUAUUAUCUAACGGUGUUUAAGGAACAUGGUUCUUGUUCUGCAAGUUAUUGGAUAUCAACUAGCAGAAAUCCAUUAAGAUUUUGAGCUUUAAUUUAUGAUUAAAAAAUCCGAGCUUCCAUGAAGACAACUUUUUGUAAAGUUUUUAACUUUCUUAGUUCCUUAUCUUAAAUCCUUAUUUUUUUCGUUCACUUCUUUGUGCCAUAAUGCAUGAUCUUAUUUUUCCAUUAUUUUGCGUGAUGUGAUAAGCCAGACAAGGUUGUGAAGUUUUAUUUUUGGAUGCAAAUGAUCCAAAGUGAAAAGAGUAAUAAUUAUGUACAAAUUUGAGCAUGAGAAAACGUAAUGGCUUUAUUUCAAUAUCUAAUUCUUUUGCAUCAAAGAAAUGAAAUAUGUCCCCCAACCACUAAAACUGUUGUUUGUCUAUUUAUGGAAACAGGUGUGGAAUUGAAAGAAAAGCACAAAUUUCAAGGUUUACCCAUUAUUGGCUAGUUCAUUGAAAGCAAAAAUAUGUUACUGUCCCUCUAUUUGAAAAAAAAAUACCUGAAACCUUAUUCUCGAAAACUUAAGAUGAUUUUAGUGUUCCAGUCAUUUGAUUAGUCAAUCACUAAAAUCAAUAUUAAGCCAAAAUUAAUUGUUCUAUAAGAUCACUCUAUUUGUUAAAAUCAUGAUUAUACUCUACUUAAGUUUUCCAGAAUAAGGCCCCAUGAUAAAUAUGAAAUUCCUCAUGCAUUUAUUUUUCACCUACUGCUAAUUGCUCCAAGCUGUAUUUUAAUUGCUCAAUGUCCCAUUUCUUUUUAUUAUUACUAUGAACCUUUCUGUAAGAAGCUAAAGCUCUACAAUAAAUUUGUUCUUCUGUUAAAAAAAAAAAAAAAA